AUGUGGGAAGGGCGCCUUUGUGUAAUCUGGGUUUCCGCCCCCGGUACCAUCGAUGGGCCCUGCGGCCCCGUCUUUCUCCACCACCCCUACCCCGCCCGGCGCAGGGAGCUCACGCCUGCGGAGUUCACUUACGCCUUCUCCCUGUACCGGGACGACGUCUGCUCCUCCUUCCCUGGGCACCGUGCGGAGUUCGAUGACUACUUCACCUUGGUCCUGCAGCUCGCCCUGCGGUUUGGGGGCUCCGGGUUCUACACCUACCACGUCCGGUUCGCCUCCGAGGCCGCGGGGUGGCUGCAGCAGUUCAACGAGUCGACUUACUGGGGCAUGCUGGACAGCGAGGCCUACUGCCGGGUCUUCGCCACCCGGUCCGCACUGCCCUGUUCCCUGUGUGGCGCCCCUUCCCACCCGCUGGUGUGUACGGUCGCGGCCCGCCCGGCCCCUGCACCCGGCCCCAUCACCCCGCAGCCCCUCAUGUCCGGCCCUGCGGGCACUGACCGCCGGGGCCGCCCCAUCUUGCUGCAGAAGGGGCGCAUGAUUUGGUUCGGCUGUUAUUACAACGGCCGCUGGUUCUCCUCCCCUUGGCCUUUCGAGUUUCCUUCCUGCCCUUCUCCCUCACUGGCCCCCUCAUCCGCGCUUCACGAGGUCUACCCCAUCAUUAUCACCGCCCUCCUCUGGGGCCACGAAUGGUCACGCCAAUCCAUCCUCAUCCACUCCGACAACACUGCCGUCGUCUCCUGGAUCAACAAAGGCCGAUCAGAUUCCAUCACUGCUAUGCCCUUCAUCCGCCGCCUCACCUGGCUUUCAGUCACCCAUCAGUUCAUCAUCAGAGUCGCUCACAUCCCCGGUCACCACAACACCAUUGCUGACUCUCUCUCCCGUCUCCCUGCAGAAAUUCAGGUGCUUGGCCCCAGAGGCGGACUCCCUUCCCACUCCGGCCCCUCCAUAUUCCUCUACGACCUUCCCGUAACGGCACCCCUCCACGACCUUCACCUCCACACCCAGGACGUCAUCCUCCAAAGUCUGUCCCGUACACUCGCCACCUACUGGACAGCCUGGAAAUGCUUCAAGUCCUUCCACACCGUUCUCCACCUCACCUUCCCCUCAUUCGACCUCCUCUCCAUCACCAACUUCAUCUCAUACGCUCACACGCACCUCUCUAUCCGCACUUCCACCAUACACACAUACCUCAGCGGUGUCAACUUCUUUUGCAAGUUGCUCUCUGGUUCCCCCUGCACAGCCAUCUCCAACAGCCAGACAUCCCUCCUUAUGAAGGGUCUGAAGCGCCUGGAACCCCGCUCUCCCUCUGCACGUCUCCCUGUCACUGCCGACUUACUAGCCGCCUGCAUCAGCACACUGCGGACUGGCUACUCCUCCCAUUCCACCCUAGAGGCCAUGUUCCUCCUGGCCUUCUUUGGCAUCCUGAGGUGCUCCGAAUUCACGUCCACCUCCUCUACCUUUGACCCCUCUGCUCAUCCAUGCGUCUCUGACAUCACUCUACACUCCCCCGACACACUAAUUUUCACGCUGAAAUGCAGCAAGACUAAUCAGAGUGGGCCAGCAGUUCCCAUCUUCCUCUUCCGCCUCAACUCUCCCCUCAGCCCCUUCGAGUCACUACAGAAACUGAUUCUCUCCAAAUCAGGAAGCCACGCCCUCCCAUCCAGCCCACUAUUCAUCACGGAAUCAGGACACGUCGCCUCCCGGUUCUGGUUCCACCAUCAUCUCCGCCACAUCCUCGCCAAAUCAGGCAUAGACCCUUCAUACUAUUCUGCUCAUUCUUUCAGGAUCGGUGCGGCUUCCUCUGCUUCCAGCCAGGGCGUUGCCGACCACACCAUCCAGCUCCUGGGUCGCUGGUCCUCCCAGGCAUACCGCCUAUACGUCAGGACCAACCUCCCUGACCUCCACCACACUCAGGCUCGCAUCAGCCUCGCUGCAGCAAGUAGGUGAGUCUGUUCCUUUUGGGGAUCCGAUCGAGCUGCUGCUCGGCCGUGACCCUUAAGGACUCUCCGCCACACCCCGAGUCCAUACCCGGUAACCAUACGUGCACCAU